AUGUCAGACCUGUCAGGGUCACGCUACCCGCCCCCUCCCCCGCCACCUCCGCAAAGGUACUCGCGUGCUGCUAACGCCCUCGCCCGGUUCGCGCCGUUCUUCGGGUCGAGACCCCCAAGUCCGCAGAAUAGUCGGGUGGAUGGUCCUCGGCCGAUCAGGUCCAAAUCACUUCCAGGUGAACCUCAGACCGUCACCCAUCGAACUGGCAUACCCAUUGUCGCUCUCGAUAUCUCUCCCCAACGGACUCAUGCUGUGAUCGGCGGUAAAGAUAUCCUCAAAACCAUCCGUGUCUCGCCUGACCACUCGUCGGAGGAAUUUAAUAUUCGCAAUGCAGUCGUGAGCUAUGCAUCCACUCACCAUGAUGCGGGCGUGUCCAUGCCGCAUAAGGACCAGUUGAAUGUAAAGGAUGUAAAGUGGUCACAUGGCAAUUACGACCGGAUAAUCGCCACGGCCGUCGCCAAUGGUCGGAUUGUCGUUUACGACCUGCAGCGGCCCGGCCUCCAAUUAUGUCGCUUCCAGGGCCACAACCGUCAGGUUCACAGACUUGCCUUCAACCCUCACCUCGCCUCUUGGCUGCUGUCCGGCAGCCAGGAUGGGACCAUCCGCAUGUGGGAUCUGCGAUCUGCUUCUACGAAUCGCGGUCUUUCCACGUGCGGCAGCAAGCAUAUCUACCAGGGCAAUAGUGAUGCCAUCCGGGACGUCCGGUGGUCCCCCAGCGAUGGGGUCGUGUUUGCGACCGCCUCGGACAGCGGCGCCAUCCAGAUGUGGGAUUCGCGAAAGACCACCGCCCCGCUGAUGCGCAUUGCGGCUCACGAUCGUCCGUGUUUCGCCGUUGACUGGCACCCGGACGGGAAGCAUAUCGUCAGCGGAGGCACGGACCGACAGGUCAAGGUCUGGGAUUUCUCUUCUUCUGCAGAGCGACGGCAGAAACCUGCGUUCCAGUUCCGAACUCCCCAGCCCGUAACAAAUGUGCGCUGGCGCCCUCCAUCGUGGGUCGGCGACUCCCCGGGCUCGGGGGAGUGGCAAUCCUCCCAGGUUGUCACCUCUUACGACAAGGAGGACCCGCGUAUUCAUCUGUGGGAUCUGCGCCGGCCGCAUGUCCCGUUCCGGGAGUUUGAUCGGUAUGACACCCCGGCAAGUGACCUGCUCUGGCACUCGAAAGACUUAUUGUGGACUGUCGGUGAGGUCGGGGCGUUCACUCAAACUGAUCUUCGCUAUGCACCUACGGUGGUCACUCGGCGGCCGACUUGCUCGGUCGCCUGGAGUCCCAAUGGUGCGUUCGUUGCAUUUGGCCAAAAGCGUCCUCGGCGCCGAGGUCUUGGUGUCAAUGCCCCUCAAUUUCUUCAGGUUGAGGAGGACGCCGCCAGCACUGGGGAGCGGUCAUUAAGCCAAAGUCCGGCAGAUGACAUGCUUGAUGAUGAAGCUCUAGCUUCCUCACUUCGGCAUCGGCAGACCAAGUCCAACGCCGUUCGUGCGUCAAAGUCCCUAAGUAGCACGCCACCAGGGCCUGUGGACAUUAUCCCUAUUUUACCCCUGGACCAAGCUUUGGCCAAAAUUACCACCCCAGCUCCCGAGCAGCUUGGGGCAAUUGGACGCAUCCCUGGUGCAACGAAUGAUGAAUCACAAUUUCGAUUUUUGGCGCGUCACUAUUCACCUCUGAUAAACGAAUCUGAUCGCCAGAAAACCCAUAUCGAUGCUCUCAAUUCCUUGAUGAACUCGCUAGACCAGAAUGCCGAGAGUGCAGAUGACAUCUCCAUGCCCAAGCUAGCCCAGACAUGGCGCAUCGUGAAAUUCUCCAUCACCCAAGAGCUUCAGCGCAGGUCGCGGGAGCAGCCAUCCAAAAGUGGCAUAAAGGGGAAGUCAUCUAAGGAUGGCUUGUUGGGCGAAAAGUCGCGAACCGAUGACAAUCGCCAGGGGAAGGUAAAAAGUCGGCUGUUCAAAGGGGUCAUGGAGACAGAAAGCCAGAGAGUAGGGCCGGAGGAGAGCACUUCCAACAUGACAACGCCACUGGCACGGCCAUUGCCCGACUCCCCACGAAUGGAAUCGUGGAGUAGCGAUUCCCAGAUCCCCUCGUUGGAUGAGAACGCUAUCGAUCUUGAUCCCCUGCCUCCAUCAGUGUUGAGUUCGCAUAAUGGCUGGAGUAUGCCAGAGCGUAGUAUUGGUCCCACGGACCUUUCGCCUUUGCCGCAAGGUCAGUCGGUGUCGAGUGAGGAUAUAAAUACGACGGGUAUUGUAUUUGAUCGUCUACGUGACCCGACGUUGGAUACGGACAGCGACCAACGAUCUGCACCCAGGGCAAUCGCUGGGAGGGUAGACUGGCGUACUCGCAACCAUCCAGACUUUCCUCGCGAAGCCUCGGAAGACGAUUAUGACCAGCAGAUGGAGGACAAGCGAGCUGCCAUUCGAGACUACAAGCAAUUUCCCAAGAAAGUUCUAACCCUGGAUUCUCAAAUGGAAUCCAAUCGUCCUCCUGCGCCCGAGCGGUACCAGCGACACGAUUCUUCAGAGAGUUUCCCUAUGUUCUCUGCAUCCACCGACAGUUCUCACCCUUCAAAAUCGAUUGGUGCCUCCUACUCAUCCAAUAGUCGAUUCCCAGAGCGGCGACCGUCCGAUGCUGACCAAGCUGGGUCUUAUGGGCGAUUAAGUGUGUCAGGCAGGAGGGAAUCCAUCUUGGAACCGUCACCGCAAGAGCUGGAUGAAGAUCUUAAAUUUGAUGAUUCUGCCGAAGCCAAUCAAGUUCAUCUUCAGCGACCUUCCAGUCCUCCGGUCUUACUGACCGAAUCCACUCCUCUAGAACGCCCAGACUCAAUGGACCAACUCCAGUCUUACAAUGCGGUGUCAGUAGAUGUUUCAGCCUAUCCAAUGAUGGCAGGAAUCUAUGAAGACCUCUCCCAGGUCAGAAUCCCCUUAGCUGCUGAUACAGCCGAACCGAAGCCAUGGAGCAUUGAAGCCAUUUUGAAGGAGGCGGUCCGAUACUACCACAGCAGCAAUAGCUCCGUCGAUAUCCAGACUGCAGCACAUUUGCUUCAGAAACUCCAUGUCCUCUUUCAAGACUGUGAGGAGAUUCUUCCCCGUGAGGAGAGCGAAAUGAUCUUCAAGACCUACAACGAAUAUUUAAUUCGGCAUUCCAUGGACUUGGAGGCUGCAGAGCUCCGUCUAUCCUGCGUGCCCACCUACCCUGCAGUCUACGACUACGCCCAGGUCGACACCUACAUCAAUGUAUUCUGCUAUACCUGCCAAAAACCAUACGAGAAUGCCAAACGUGACAACACCCGUUGCGACCGCUGCAGCACUCCUCAAGCACCGUGCUCCAUUUGUAUGAGCAUCGACCCGCCCGCUGAAUGGGUCGCUGCACAAAAAGACCCGCACUCAACCUCGUUUGGUUCCGCAAGCCCUGAAUCUGAAACCACCUCACACGCCUCCCUAGUCCCAACGGAGAUAGCCCCGAGUUUCGAGCUAUAUCAAUUUGACUCCUUUGCCGCACCCCGACCAAAAGGCUCUUCCCUCUGGACCUGGUGCCAAGGGUGUGGCCACGGCGGCCAUGUCGCCUGCAUCACAACCUGGCUGAACGAUAUAUCCAUCAGCGAAGGCGGCUGUGCUACUCCCGGGUGCUCGCACGACUGCGGUCCAGGUCCGCGGCGCGACUCCAACCGCCACGAACUACUGGCUGAGUCGAAGCGACGCGACUCUGCCAGUCGUUCUUCGGGCGUUGGUGUUGUGAAACGUGAUCCAUGGACAAAGGGGGAAAGUAAAGCCGUUGAGAAAGUCCGUGGUAUGCUUGGUGCUGCCGGCGUUGUUGCUACUACAGGUGGGACUAUCUCUACUGGUUCUUCAGGCCAGCCUGUCUCUUCUGGAGCUGUUUCUCCUAAGAGGGUGAGGUUGGUUACACCGGGCGAGCAGGGUCUGCGGAGGGGUCCUUCUAACCGGUCCAGCGCUGCGCCUUCGGAAUAG